CAUUAAAUACCCAUGCUGUCUUUUGCAAAUGGUAAGAACAUUGAAUGAAGCUAUUUUAACUAAUGGGGUAACAAAACUGAAACUCCUACACCCAGAAACUUCAAGUGCUGCACCGUCAUAUGAAAGCUCUUGUUAAUCACCGUCCUGUUAUUGUCUUAAACAUGACUACAUUCAGCAAUUAAGAGGAAGAAUACAAAUCAGGUCGGACAUGGUAAAUAAACCAAUGCCUGCUCUGUUUAGGAAACCCUUCAGAGUGGCUGGUUUAACACUCCAUUCGGGGCUACUCUUAAUGCUUGUGUUUGUAGAGGUUGUUUUACCCUGCCCCAAAAUCUGCCACUGUGCUGAGAAAAAUGGCAUGACAGCUGUGCAUUGUUCCUCCCAUAACCUGGAAGAAAUCCCUACCGACCUGCCAGGAGAUACUGUGUCUUUGUUCUUGGACUCGAACAGAAUCGCCAAAAUACCAAACAAUGCCUUCAAAGAUCUGAGCCAUCUCCAGGAGCUGGACUUGUCAAAGAACUCCAUCGAGAUCAUUGACAUCGGAGCCUUCAACGGCGUGGCCGAGGGCCUCCGCUUGCUGGACCUUUCCAACAACCACAUCCAGAGUGCGCCCAAGGAGGCCUUUUCCAAGCUAAAGGCAAAAAUCCGUCUCUCUAAUAACCCGUGGCACUGUGAGUGUGCCCUGCAGGAGGCCUUGCGGGAGCUGAAGCUGGAUCCGGAGACAGUCAAUGAGAUCAGCUGCCAGACCUCUGUCCAAGAGGAGUAUGCAGGCAAGCCCUUGAUCCAGGUUCUCGACUCAGGCAUUAACUUUUGCAAUUUUCAUCACAAGACCACUGACAUGGCGAUGUUUGUCACCAUGUUUGGCUGGUUCACCAUGGUCAUCUCAUAUGUGGUGUAUUAUGUGAGGCAUAACCAGGAAGAUGCCAGACGGCACCUGGAGUACUUGAAAUCGCUCCCCAGCACUCAGCUUACCAAGGACUUUGAUACCGUUAACACUGUGCUGUAGCUCUAUUUUAUUGUAAUGGAAUUCAAAAAUGCAUUCCCUCAGUUUUUGUAGUGUUCUGAGAGAUCAGGAUAGUGAAAG